GCAGCUAAUUUUUUUUUUUGAAAAGUGAUUUCGUGAGCAGCGGGGAGACUGCUCAUCUUUAACCGGACGUUUUUUUAAAGAAACCCGGUGACGGAGACGCUAACUCUCCGUAGCAGUUAGCGUUCUUCGUUAACGUCACUUUAAAAGUGAACGGACGGAAAGCUAAGUUAGCUAGCUGCGAUCUGACUGUGACAGAGCUGAAACUUUUAACUCGACUUUGGUUUUGUAUUCGGGUUUUUUUGAGAACUUUUAGAUAGACUUGGACGGAUUCUCGGUGUCCCAAACUGGUAAACUGUCAAGUGAAAUUCAACAAAAAUGGAGCCGGAAAGCAGCUAACAGUUAGCGGGGAGAAGAGUGCUGGGAAACUGUACGAAGUUCCGCUUGGUAGAAGAACUCGUGGUUCCAGCACACCAGUUGACUUUCGGAUAUUUUCCAGUUGGUGAAACAGUCAGUCAGGAUGGCUGGGGACUCCACCGUCAACUUUAACCUCCUCCACCGGACCUGUAAGCUGGUGGUCCUGUUGUGUUUCCUCCACAUCUCCGUUACUGUCGUCUUCUACGUCCGCUCUCUGGACAUCCGGUUCGCCUUCGUCCAGAACCAGCAGUCCAACAAUAAUGUUACACAAACAAUCCCCGUCAGAAACACCGAGUUCACUCCUAAAACCGAACCAAAGGAGGUCGAGACCAAGACGGAAGUACCCGCUGAGGUCCAGCAGCAGGAGCAGAAACCCCCGGAGCAUCAGCCGGAGGAGAAGGCAGAAGAGCCGGAGAAGAAGCUGGAGAAAUGCCCUGAAACAUCACCUCUGCUGGUGGGUCCGCUGCGGGUGGAGUUCAGCACUCCGGUGAAUCUGGAGCAGGUUAAGAGGGACAACCCCAACCUGCAGCCGGGCGGACGCUUCAGACCCAAAGACUGCGAGGCGCUGCAGAAAGUCGCCAUCAUCAUCCCCUUCCGGAAAAGAGACGAACACCUCAAGUACUGGUUGUACUACCUGCACCCCAUCCUGCAGAGACAGCAGCUCGACUACGGCGUCUACGUCAUCAACCAGGAUGGAGAGGAGGUCUUUAACCGGGCGAAGCUGCUGAACGUGGGCUACGCCGAGGCUCUGAAGGAGUACGACUACGAGUGUUUCGUCUUCAGCGACGUCGACCUAAUCCCCAUGGACGACCGCAACACCUACAAGUGCUUCAGUCAGCCUCGACACCUGUCCGUGUCCAUGGACAAGUUCGGUUUCAGGUUACCUUAUAAUCAAUACUUUGGAGGCGUUUCCUCACUGAGUAAAGAUCAAUAUUUGAGGAUCAACGGCUUCCCCAACAACUACUGGGGCUGGGGAGGAGAGGACGAUGACAUCUACAACAGGCUGGCGUCUAAAGGAAUGUCCAUCUCCAGACCGGAUGGUGAGACGGGAAAAUGUCGGAUGAUCCGACACGAGAGAGACAAAAAGAACGAGCCGAAUCCUCAGAGGUUCGACCGGAUCGCUCACACCAGAGAGACCAUGUACAAAGACGGGAUCAACUCGCUGUCCUACCAAGUGGUGAAAGUAGAGAAGUUUGACCUGUUCACGAAGAUCACGGUGGACGUGGGGAAACCAUGACGACGAGCAGCGGAGGAGAGCUGGACUGACGGAGUGAAAACCAAACGUGCCUUUGACACUUGAAUCUUUAAAGAUCUGGUCCGGUGGAUCAGACCUGCUGGACUCAAACGGCUGCUUCUGCUGUUUGAUUCUUCUUGUUUUGCACAAACAGACAGACUGACAGUUUGUGUGGGGUUUUUCUCUGCUGAGCCUUGAGGACUCAUCUCUGAUUGGACGCUGGCUGUAACCAAUCAGCUGCCUUUAGUCAGACGCCACGGCUGCGCUGCCCCCUGCACACGGCUUUUAUUUUGAAAAUCAGUCAGAGACAAUCAGCACUGCUGGCUCACAUGGUCCAAGGCUUUAGUGGUGGGGGAUUAUGGGUAACAAACAGGGUGGGUUUAGAUCUGGUCUGAUCCAUGUCCUGGUUCUGCUUAUUGAUCUGGUUCUGGUUCUUCUUAAUCAAUCUGAAUGAAUGACUGAACCGGUUUAUUCAUCAAUGUGUGGAACCAGUUUCACUUCAGAACCAGAUCUGAACUCCCAGCCCUGCUCUGUGUGUGUGUGUGUGUGUGUGUGUGUGUGUGUGUGUGUGUGUGUGUGUGAUCAGUGUUUCUUCUUGUCCCAAAGUUCAUUUGA